UCCAUCUAUUCUCGCAACUUGCUUAGCUGGACUUUUCCUGACAUAGACAGACAGAUACCCACAUAGCCCCUACCUCAAUCUACUUCAACCUCUACGAGAAGGGGUGGACUAUACAAUCAGCCGUGACAUACCCCGGGAACGAUAGUUACAACGUACCCCAUCACUGCCACUACCACCAUCAACCACACACAGCAUCUCUCAAACUCUCAAUCCUCAACAGAAAUGCCACCAACAAAACGCCUAGAAGGCAAAGUCGCUAUCGUCACCGGAGGAAGUUCCGGCUUCGGCGCAGCAAUCGCCACUCGCUUCGGCGCGGAAGGUGCGAAAGUAGUCAUCGCCGAUAUCAACGCCUCGGCCGGUGAGUCCCUGGCGGCGACGGAGCCGGCGGCGCUGCAUUUUGAGAAGGUUGAUGUCACCAAGGCGGAGGAUUGGGAGCGGGUGGUGAGCGUGACGGUGCAGAAGUUCGGGCGCGUGGAUGUUUUGGUGAAUAAUGCGGGGACGACGUAUCGGAAUAAGCCGACGGUGGAAGUUACAGAGGAUGAAUGGGAGCGGGUGUUCACGGUGAAUGUGAAGAGUAUCUUUUUCGGGAGCCAGGUGUUUGUGAAACAUCUCCUCAAGCAAGGCGGGGGUGGGUCGAUGAUUAAUAUCUCGUCGACGGGAGCGACCAGGCCGCGGCCGGGGUUGGUGUGGUAUAAUGCGUCCAAGGGAGCGGUUUCGAAUGCGACCAAAGGUCUCGCGGCUGAGUAUGGCCCGCACAAUAUCCGGGUCAACACCGUCUCACCGUUGCUGUCGGGGACGGGCUUGUUCUCUAUGUUCACAGGCAUGCCGGACACUCCCGAAAACCGCGAGAGAUUCAUCGGAAAUGUGCCAUUGGGGCGGCUGACGGACGUCGAUGACGUGGCCAACAUGUGCUUGUAUCUGGCCAGUGACGAGGCGAGUUUCAUCAAUGGUGCGGAGAUGAUUGUUGACGGAGGGAAGUGUAUUUAAAGCGUGUAUGUCCACGGCGGUGCUGUGGCUGUGGAUCUGGCUGGAGGGGAGUUGAUCUCGACAUGUACUAAGUGCUCGGUG